UGUCAUUUAAAUCAGAUAUUAGCGUGUUUGCCUCAUGUGACCAGAGUAAAUACAGUCACACCUAUAAAGUACUUCCUCUUACAUGUCUACCAAGGUGAACAACAAAGGUGAAAUGAAAGUAUUUAGGUUUUUUACUGCCACCUGAGUACUUGACAGUCCUGCAUUCCUAGCAUCUAGGCUGUAGUUUUAGACACGCCCACUUCUCAAGUCAAACCGUGCCUCCAGGUAGCGGGUCGACAUGGUACCAGAGAAUCAGGUCAGACUUCCAUAACCCAGACAUCAUUCCUGAAGAGGAAAAGCUUCAGAAAGUAGAACUGAUGGAGGAAUCCCACUAGGAUCUAAAACCUUGCCCCGCCCCCUGAGGGAGCGUGUCUCCGCCCCCUCAGCUCCUCUCCUGCAACACAACGAACAGGAGAGAGAGAGAGACGUGACUAGACCCUAAGCGUCCUGUUAUGCAACAGCUGACCUACUAACACACAUCUAGAGUCGGAGCGAAAGGAGGAAAUAAGAGGGAGAGGAGACGGAGGGAGGUCCAUGACGCGAGGAGCGAACCACAACAACACACCGUGGACGCGUUUACGCACCUACCGCAGCUGACGGCACACCGAUGAGAGCGGAGGCUCGCUGCAGCGGACGCGGUUUUCCUCAUUAAAAGCCCAAAAGCCUUUCGUCUUGCAGCCAGCGUCAAACAGAACCGACAGGCAAGCAGGGAGACAGCGACUGGCAUCCUGAGGUAGACAAGCCGGCCUACGUCCUCCUGGUUGAGUGGACAACUGGGACUCCUCUUGUCCAGCAGAGCACACUCCGCGGUCCCCACCUUUAAAAAAGCACAGAACAGAAAAGCAAAGGAGGACCGACCCUGAGAGUCAAACCCUGAAACUGGAUAAAUGAGGGCUACCCAUGUCCAACUUCUACUGUUCUUCAUCUCUUUGACUGACUUGGACACUUGACCCCUCACUCCGGAAGUGCUGCCAUCUCCGACAGCUAAAGUGUUUUCAUCACAGCUCCAGUUCAAACUGGCUGCUACGAGGCAAGAAUGGAAAAGCUCACUUCAGCGCUCAAAACACUCAACAAAAACUCAGGAAACAGCCUUGAAACGUUCAACAACUAUGAAGAGACGAUUCCUUCUGUCCCAGGGACGCCUCCUCGUCUGGGCCGUCUCAUUAAACCCAAGCCAAAUGUCUCCUGUAGGCGAAAGCGUCAGUUUAUCUCUGAUGAGAAAAAGGAUGCCUCCUACUGGGAGAAAAGGCGCAAGAACAACGAGGCCGCCAAGCGCUCCAGGGAGAAAAGACGUCUCAAUGACAUGGUUUUGGAAAACCGUGUCAUUGCACUGAACGACGAGAAUGUGAGGCUCAAGACCGAGCUGCUGCAGCUGAAGUUGCGUUUUGGUCUGAUUAGUACGGCCUCCUACGUAGAGAAGAGCCAGAAAGUGGGUAUGGGCAGCAGCACGGACAACGGAGUCUCUUCUAAUCAGUAUUACUCCAGUGGUUACUCCAGUGGCUCUCAGGUGAUGUUGAACUCUGAUUCCUCAGAAACAGAGCAGUCGGGGCACAGUGAGGGUCACAGGCAGUUGGUGAAGUACUCUCCACGUGGUUCCCUGUCCGACAUGUCUGAUGGCUCCUCAAGAGACAGUCCUGAACCGGUCCCUUUUGGGAUCAAACAAGAAGGUGACCAACUGGAGAUGGACAUCGCCAGUGGCACCACGACCCAGAUAAUGUUCAACAUUCACCGUGGUUUGACCUCUGUAGCCACAAGCCACCAGCAUCAGGAGACGGAUGCUGCAUACCAGAGCCAGCAGCAGCACCAAAGCCACCUUGUCCAGCAGCAGUCAGAAUCACAUCAGGAGCUCCUCACCUCCAUCACAAAGGUCAGCCAUGCUCCACCGAGUCCGCCUGCUACCCAAAGGAGUGUCAUUUUAUAUGGAGCCAGCAGUGCCUCCUGCCCUGGGGAGGCCCUCGCCAGGUCCCAGGAAGCGGGUCUGCGGCCAGCAUCAACGCCCAGCACCAACAGCAGCCUGGUCUGCAUCAGCCAACUGCAGCAAUCCGUCACAGAGGGCUCCAAGCAGGUGGAGGGGAAGACCUUAGACUCCCCCACACUUGAGCUGUCAGACAGCUGCGACGAUGCCAAAGAGAGGCAGGCGUACAGAGUUUGCCAGUUAACCCAUCCAGAGCAGCAGCAGUAUGCGCUGGACAGGAGCGAACCUUCUGCAGAGCAGCUGGGUGAGCUGCUGGAGGAGGGCAGACAUUCUCAGUUGUACCACCAACUCCAGCAGCCUCACCGAUCGUACCUCAGUGCACAAGACGAGGGUGGGCCCAGGGGGCAGGGCCACCAGUUUCCCUCCUCAGACAAGGACACAACAAGUGAUUGUGACGACAAAGAGGCCUCCACCGACAAUGAGGAGUCGCCGUCUUUAAGCAGUUUCCACCACCAGCGUUAUUCUUGCAUCCUCCAUCCAGAUUCUCACCUGCUUCAGUACCAAGGCUGGGAUCCUCAGGGGGAGGUAAGGGGCACAGCCUUGCCCCACAAACUCAGACUCAAACACAGGGCCAUGAGCACUGGGAGAUGUGGCCAAGACUCCCCAGCCUCUCCCCCCUCUAGUACGCCGCCUCCCCUUCCCCAGCAUCCCUACUUGUCCCUCUCAAUGCUGCAGAACAUUAAACGAGAGAGCCUAGAAGGAGCUUGCAAGCAGGUAGCAUCAGCGGAGGUGACAUGGAAGGAGAGUAAGGAACAGGGGGCUGGUGGACAACGGCACACGCGGUGAGAUGAACCAGUUUCAGUUUAGCACCUGAGAGCGGGAUGCCUCCUCCAAGAAUGCCUUCAUGCCUUUUCCUCCAAUCAGAGCCACCUACAACGUCUGGGAACGAUAUUCAGGGUUCUGUUGCCUUACAGAGGCGUGGUGUUUUGUAAGGUUGUGUGAUAUUUGUAAAUGUUGUACAGAUUUGUCAUUUUUACACCCUGGUCUCACACACAAGCACUUUUGUUUAAGUGAGAGGAGCGGAAGUCCCCGUUUUUCUACUUCACGUCAUUCAGCAGUUCCCACAGCACAUCACUGGAAGCACAUUUUAAAAGUUUAUGUAAAACCGUGUAUUUGGGACAUGUCCAACUGUAGAAGACCCAUUGGUGUGUAUGGUUCUCUGCCUUAAUUACAAUCCAAUGCAAACAGUCAGUCAACCAAAGAAGCAGCCACUACCCCUCCUACCUCUGUCCUCUCGUCCUCUACCUAACCGUCACUCCAAAAUCACUGCUGCGUUCAUGUUUUAAGCACUUGGCUUGUAUACAGAUGUGAAGUAAACGAAGUCCUGUAUCUAUCUGAAACAUGUUUUAGGAAAAUGGCAUGGAGCCUGCAACGGUAAGGACCGAUUCUUAGAGAGACCCCCGUCACACUUCCUGUACAGUCACUAGUACAACUCAUCUAACGAAGACCUGUGAUGAUGGGCACGCCUUGGGACGAGUCAUUCAUGUCUCGUUUACACAAAACUGGCUGUUCAGUUAGGAGCGGCACCGAAGGGAUGUCCUUCUCUGGGCUUUGGCUUCUUAAAGGUUUGGGUUUACUAACCAGCCUUUCGUUUCUCUGAGCUUCACUGGUGUCUGUUACCAUUCACAGCACCGUGUGUUCAUUCCCACUGUAAGGUAGAAACAAUCAAAAGCCUCAGAAUCCCAGACUAGGACCGUGGAGACCCGUUCACAUCACAUCAGCCCAGCGGUUGGAGGUUCUAGGCUGGCGAGGGAUCCUUGAAGGAAUUGGGUCACAUUUAUGCAAACACACAACAGUGCACUGUUCACGAGGAACCCCUGGUGAAAGACGUGCAAAGCUACUGUUUAUUUUGACAUCAUGAAUAUGGUUUAGUAGUGCGGUCAGCCAUGAGCACCAAGGCCCACAGCAGACUCUGGCUACCUGGGUCAGAAUGGAGGAAACGUCGAUGCUAACACAGAAAGCAUCCAUCCACGUUUCCCCGACGCCUCCGUUAGGCUCACCUCUUCAGGGGCGCCAUGGUUACUCAGCUACUGGGUUAUGAUGGUCAGUCACCUUCACUGGACUCUAGUUUAAUGUCCACACUUGGCUUUUGCUUGUGUGCAACGGUAAAGUUUCACAAACACUGUAGCAUUUGUUUUCUGGUUUUUAUGAGUAUUUUGAGUCGAGGUGGUGUCUCCUACCCUAACCCAUCUCCCCUCUGCCGGUGUGUGUUAAUCAGUAAUGUUUGUGCUUUUGAUGAUGGCUUCAUGGGAAAUGGUGGUUGCUCAAUGCCAUGUAAAGACACUAAUGUUCGUUGUGAACGACGGCAGCAUUUCAACAAAAUGAAUAAAUCAACUAAAUAAAUGGUUUCUGGUUU